AUGAAAGUUUCUGGAGGCUCUGUAUCCUUCCUUCCUUCACAGGAGAGUACAGCCGCCGCUGCGGCGGCACAAGAGAGUCGUUCCGCCUCCUCCGCAGCGUCGGGGGAGGCGUCCGUGGAUUUGUCGGCGCCGUCUGCAGCUGCGCUGUCGCCAUCCUUGAGUCUGCCCUUUGCAGCGAGGCGAGUCGACGCGUCUCUGGAGGGGGAAAGCGUGUCUCUAGGCUCCCCCCUUCUCCCCAUCGGGCAGGCUGCAGCCGCCAGUGCGACUUUGCGCACCCCUUCCCCCCUCGCAGGCAACGCCGCUUCUCAGACUUUGCAGGGAGGCUACCUGGGCUUGCCUUCUCUUCCAGAGCCUCUCCUUCAUCCUCCGCCUCUAAGGGGGGAAACCGCCUCAGCACUGCCCCCCCCCUCCCCCCCCACGACGUCAGCGCUCCUGCCCUUCGUUCACGCUUCUGCGUCUCAACAGCAUCUCUUGGACGGCUAUGGCGACUCCAGGAGUACUCUCUUCGUAGGCGACCGCGUGCCAGAGGCGACAGCCUUCCUCCCCAGCGGUGCCUCUUCGGAAGCCUCCGUAUUCCAGGCAGGGGCCCCCCCCCCCCCGCAAGAGAGGGAAACUUCGACAGGGGGCCCCCCAACAUCCCCAGGGGGCCCCCUCCCAACAAACACCACCGGAGGAUUCGCCGUCCCCGACCCCCUGACUGCCACGCAGACGCGUGCCCGCGGCAGGAAGUCUAACAAAGCAAACGGAGAUGUUUUGUCUGCCGUGUGCAGGAGUCGACGAGGAGGCCGAUCGCGUGGUAAGAAUGUCUAUCCUGGAAAGACGCGAUGGCAAGUUGCAGCAGAACGAGCAGCAGCCGCAGCGGCAGCUGCAGAGAAGGCUGCUGCUGAAGGAAUAUUUCUUGGGGGUGUUUCGGGAGCUGCUGCUAAUUCUCUUUCAAACUCAGCGGAGGGGGGCCCCCUAGGGGGGGCCCCCCCCGGAGAGGAGCUGCGCCUUGCUCGCGGAGACAUCAAACGCUUCGCAACUCUCACGCUAAUUCCAGGGCAGCCGCGAAAAUGGCGAAAGGCUCUCCUGCAGCAAGGCGGUGGAGUUUUACGACGUACAGCGCGCAGCGCUCGCCUUGUAGCCUCGCAAAUUAGGGAGACAGCGCGUCAGCUUGGGCAGCAGCAGCAGCAGCAAGCUCCGCUGCUGCCGCUAGCUACCCCUGCAGUUUCUGCAGGCGCAGUGUCUGCUGGUGCCGUGGGGAUGACAACGGUGGGAGUUCUUCCCGCUGCAGGGGUUGCUGCAGCGCUGUCUGGAGAAAUUCCAGCAGCUCCAACGGCUUCUUCUGCUGCUCUCUCUUGCGAAGCUUCUGCGUCCUCACUGGGGGGUAAUUUCAGACCUGUUGAGAGAGGGGCAGUUUCCUCUCCAGACAGUCUGUCUGCCGCCGAAACUGUGGCAGCGAUGAGGGCAGUAGUGCCUUCAGCUGGUCGUAUUCCUGUAGAGGGGUCUUCCGCAGUAUCUCCCCCAGACACCUUUCUUUAG